AUGACUACUUCUUCCAAUCGGGAUCAUUUCUUUCAGACAUCGGCUUCCCUGGAUGAGCAGGAGCGGAAGGAUGCAAAGUCUCAGAAUACCAAUGGCAAUCCCAUUCGCCUGCAGGGAAAGAUCCUGGCAGUCCAUUCAGAUCCUUUGAGCAAUGGUUCAAUCUAUGUAGCACAAAGCAAUGGCUCUGUGAGGAGGAUUAAUCUUGCUACAGGAGAAACUGCCAACGUGUUCACAGGACCGAUGGCUCCUGUGACAAGUCUUUGUGUGAGCCCUGAUGGAAAGAUUCUGUUUGCCGGGUGCUGGGACAAGGCUGUGUGGAGCUGGGAUGCAACCUCAGGUCAAGUCCGCCAGAAGUACGAAGGCCAUGCCGACUUUGUCCGCUCUAUCACCAGUGCGAGACUGCGCGGAGAGGACCUCCUGAUUAGUGGCGGUGCUGAUGCACAAGUUCUGGUUUUCAAGAUCUCCACUGGCGAACGUAUUGAGACCUUCAAGGGCCACGCCCGAGGGAUCCAAGACCUUGCAGUGGACCCUGAAUCGGAGGAUCUUCAACCUAUUGUAUUCAGUGCGGGCAGUGAUAGGGAGAUUCGUCAAUUCAGCAUCUUUGACAGCAGCAAUAUCCCUGAUCCUCUACUUCCUCAUGAAACCAGCGUUUACAAGCUCUUCUUCGACAACGAUGGCGAUCUCUGGACUGCUUCCGCCGACAAAACUGCCAAAUGUUUGGUUCGUGCGGACUCAUGGAAGGCUAACAUGACCCUGGAGCAUCCCGAUUUUGUACGGGAUGUUGUCGUUCAUGAAACUGGAGGCUGGGUCGUGACCGCUUGUCGCGAUGAGGAGGUUCGAGUAUGGAACCGAUCGACUGGCGAGCUCUAUCAUACUUUCUCCGGUCAUUUUGAGGAGGUUACUGGUCUUGUUCUGGUCGGAUCAACCGUCGUCAGCGUGGGUAUCGAUGCAACCAUUCGCCAAUGGUCUCUUCGACCUGAUGAACUUCAAAAAUCGGUCGAGCUGGCUAAGACGCCAGUGGUCGAGGAAGAGGAACCGAAGGCGGAAUCCAUGCUCACUGAAGAAGAAGAACGGGAGUUGGCCGAACUCAUGGACGAUUAG